GCGCGUCCUCACGGGACACCGCCAAGCUCGGUUUGACUGCUGUGAGGCGGCUCGCGCAGACGCUCCGAUUCUGGCGCGAUAAAUCCGGAUUUCAUCCACCUAACUGUACAUAUCCGGACGAGAUAUGACGCGUCUGUGAGCGGGCUGGUGAAGGUGAGAGGAAGGCCGACGAUCGCUGAACUGCAGUCACUGACCAAAGACUGACCGCUCGCUCCGGUCAUCACACGUACAUCAUGGCGAAAGAUGCCGGACUCAAAGAAACCAAUGGAGAGAUAAAGGUGUUUGUGAACCAGAACCUGAGUCCAGGGAAGCCUGCAGGGGUUCUGUCCUUCCUGACCGUUCACCCGGCCUCAGUCUCUGCGGUCAAACAGAUUCUGCCCAAAACGCUCACGGCUGCAGGCGCUAGCAUGCUACCACACGUGGUGAUAGGCACUCCUCAGAGGAGCAGCGUUCCCGCCGGUCUCCUGUUGACCAGCCCACACACACCAACCACACACCUCCAGACCCAGGAGACCUCGCCCUGGUCCACCGGGCGCAGCAGGAAGGGGGAUAAGAGCGGGAAGGGCUUGCGGCAUUUCUCCAUGAAGGUGUGUGAGAAGGUGCAGAAGAAAGUGGUGACGUCCUACAACGAGGUGGCGGACGAGCUGGUGGCCGAGCUGAGCUCCGGAGACAACAACAUCUCCCCGAACGACGCGCACGUGUACGAUCAGAAGAACAUCCGGAGACGGGUUUACGACGCGCUCAACGUCCUGAUGGCCAUGAACAUCAUCUCCAAAGACAAGAAGGAGAUCAAGUGGAUCGGGUUUCCCACCAACUCUGCUCAGGAGUGUCAGGACCUGGAGGCUGAGAGACAGAGACGAGUGGAGAGAAUCAAACACAAGCAGUCUCAGCUGCAGGAACUCAUACUGCAGCAAAUCGCCUUUAAAAAGCUGGUGCAGCGUAACCGUGAGGCGGAGCAGCAGAGUAAGAGAGCUCCGCCCCUGAACACAGUCAUCCACCUGCCCUUCAUCAUCAUCAACACCAGCAAGAGAACCGUCAUCGACUGCAGCAUCUCCAACGACAAGUUCGAGUAUCUCUUCAACUUCGACAGCAUGUUUGAGAUCCACGAUGACGUGGAGGUGCUGAAGCGCAUGGGCAUGGCGUUCGGUCUGGAGUCGGGCCGCUGCAGCCCCGAGCAGCUGAAGAUCGCCAGGACCCUCGUCCCUAAAGCCCUGCAGCCCGUCUCAGAAAUGGCGCAGGGUGCCAUAAACCAGCUGAUCGGAGAGCUGUCUCAUGUGGCCACCGAGCGCGGGGCGUCCAGCUCCAACGGCUCGCACCACAGCAGCUCCAGGGUGGAGACGCCCACGUCCUACAUGGAGGAGGACGAGGAAGACGAGGAGGACGAAGAGGACUUUGAGGAGGACGAGGACGAUUAGGACCGAUCCUGAGUGAAACUCCAUAUUGUGAUCCUGCUGUAAGGAUUCCCUCAAAUGCUUCCCAUAAUUCUUCAGCUCAGUCUAUUAUCUUCAGUAGCUUAUGGGCAGAUAAGCUGGAAUGAUCGUCUUUGUGCUGCUGCUCCUGCUGGCGGCUCUUCCUUCAGGGCUACUUUUGAAGAAACUCCUGUUCUCCGAGGCUGAACUUUUCUAUGGUUUUGUUGCGAUUCGCUCUCAUAGGCAGCUAUUUUUGAUAUCGGAGCUUGUUUUGGACGUUUGCCGUGACAGACUUUAUAAACAUGAGAUCAACAACUCCACGGCCAGCCUUUUUUGUACAAUGUAACAAAUACUAAAGAAAUAUACUUUUCUUAUUCAUGUAUAGUAAUUAAACUCAAAGGAUGAUUUAUA